AUGCAAUUUCAGCCGUCCAUUGGCUUGCAAUGGAAGGAGACGAAGCACGGCGAUGGGGAUGGCGAUGGCGAGAUUGCUUUAGGCGCUUUUCGGCUGCGAUCGUGCAGAGAUGCCGGGGAUCUGUCGCAAUGCCGUGCAAUUCACGCGGAGAUCUUGGAGAGCUCCUUCCACCGCAACAAGUUCCUGCGCAAUCUCCUCGUCGAGGCGUAUGGCAGCUGCGGGAGCGUCCCGAGCGCGCGCCUGGUGUUUGAUUCCAUCGACCGCCCCAAUCUCUUCUCGUGGAACAUAUUGAUCAAGGUCUACGCCGGCAAUGGAUUCGCGCGGGAGGCACUGGAGAUCUAUGCGCGGAUGCAACGCGACGGGACUCUCCAGCUCAACGCACACACGUAUGCCACAGUUCUGGGUGUUUGCUGGGAUCUGGAGCUGGGAAGAGAGAUCCACUCCAAAAUCCCGGAAGCUGGGCACGAAUCUAACGAAGUUGUGGCAAAUGGGCUCAUCACGAUGUACGCGAGAUGCGGCAGCGUGGAGGAAUCGAGAGCCGUCUUUGAUAAAAUCUGUGAUCCCAAUGUAGUCUCUUGGACGAGCAUGAUCACAGCGUAUUCCCAAAACGGGCAUUUAGAGGAGGCGAAAGAGCUGCUGGAUAGAAUGCCGGAACCCAAAACCUAUGCUUGCAAUGUUCUAAUCGCUGCACUCUGCGAGAGGGGUUUCAUGGAUCGAGCUAAGGAUAUAUUUGAUUCUCUGCCAGAUCCUGAUGUGGUGUCUAGAACCUCGAUUCUUGUAGCAUAUGCCCGGUUUGGGCAUCUGUAUGAAGCGAGGCAAGUAUUUGAUGACAUGAAUGAGAGGAAUGUUGUUUCGUGGAAUGCGAUGAUCACUGGAUAUACACAAACGGGAUUCUUGAGAGAAGCUUGGUAUUUGUUUCAGAAAAUGCCGAUUAAAGAUACCGUCUCGUGGACGACCAUGCUAACAGCAUAUGCCCAAAGCAAGAACUUGCGAGCAGCGAAGGAACUCUUUGAUAAGAUGGGAACAAAAGAUCUUGUCUCGUGGAACGCGAUGCUUGGGGCGUACUCUCACAGCGGUGUUGUUGUGGAGGCUAAAGAUCUGUUCGAUCAAAUGCCAGAGAAAGAUACCGUGUCCUGGAACACCUUGCUUGGAGCAUAUGCUUUGCAUGGGCAUAUUUCUCAAGCCGAGGCCCUCUUUGCCGAGAUUCCAUGCCCGAAUCCAAUUUCCUGGAACACCAUGCUCACGUCGUACGCAUUCAACGAUAGAUUACAAGAUGCCGAGUUGAUGUUUGAGAGAAUGAGGGAUAAAAACGCGGUGUCCUGGAAUAUCCUGAUCGCAGCAUUUGCCGAGAAGGGGCAAGCGAAGAAGGCGAUUGCGUUGGUCGUGAGGAAAGAUCUGGAGGGAUAUCCCACAGACAAGUAUACGCUUAUUGGGAUCUUCGAUGCUUGUACGAGCUUGGGUGUGGCGGAAGAUGGCAAGGCAGUCCAUAUGAGCGUUGUCGAGGCGGGCAUCUUGUUUGACGAUGCAGUUGGCGAGAGUCUCAUCAACAUGUACGCAAAGUGUGGCAGCCUGGACGACGCGAGAGCCCUCUUCGAUAAAUCCUCGAAGAACUCUGUCGACAUCGCGGCGUGGAACUCGUUCAUGGCCGCUUGCUCCACCGCCGGCUCUGGAGCCGAGGCGCUGGAGAUUUUCCGGACGCUGGACCAGCACGGCCUUGAGCCGGACCACAUCUCGUUCGUGAGGAUUCUCUCAGCUUGCAGCCACGCCGGGAUGAUAGAGCACGCCAGGAGCUACUUCUCGUCCAUCCCGGGGGACUAUCACUCGGGAGUCACGAUGGAUCACUACCUGUGCAUGGUUGACAUGCUGGGUCGAUCCGGGCGAUUGAAACAAGCCCGGGAGCUGCUGGAUUCCAUGCCGUUUGAGCCCGACGUUAUCGCAUGGAUGACGCUCCUCUCCGCUUGCAGUAACCACGGUGACACCACAGGUGGGAUCGUGUCUGCUCGCCGGAUAAUCGAGCUCGAGCCCCAGACUAGCGGUCCAUUCAUCCUCCUCUCAAACAUCUACAAGCAACUUGGGGGAACUCGAAAAUCCGCCUUUUAACAUCAUUUGGUUCAAAUAAUAAUAAUGUAAAGAAGUGCACUGUGGCUCAUUAGAAAUAUUUCCUUUUUAGCUGAACUAUCAUGUAUGUUUUGCCACUAAGUGUCUAGAGCUCUUGGUUUAUUCAAAACAUUCUCAAAGCAUUUUGGCAUAGCAUUUUUUAUUGUAUGCCCCAUGCUCAUGAUAAGUGAGUUCCAUGCAAAGAAGGAAGCAGCGCCAUGGGCAAAAGGUCUUUUGCUUCUUCCAUCCUCUUGUUGUGAAUAUAAGCCACCACAUUGCCUAAGUCUGGCUCUUCAAUGGAAAAGAGGUUCCAUACUGAGUGUAGAACACCAGUGUCCUUGACUUCUCAUAGAGGCUGUGCUGGCUUCUUCCACAUAGCAAGUUAUCCACAAGAAGAUCAAGAUCAAAGUCGAAGAGGGAGGAGAAAGUAAAUGCAUGGCACCUUGCAGCCCUUAUGUGAGCAUUGUGUUUGAGAUCAGAGUUUGCUAGCAGAAAGACGCGUCUCGAUGACUUCUCUUCAAAUUCAGAUCUGUCCAUCAAAACCGUGACAGGGAUUAAUCUCUAUGUGCUAACCGACCCGCAGCAAGCCUACAGAUUGUUGGCCGGAUCAAAGCUACAAUGAGGAGCCACUCAUGAUCAUAUCGUUGGCAACAGUGCGAAGUUUAGUCCGUGAUCUGGGGAGCAGUGAGCUCGCGAAGUCCUCAUUCCCGGUGGCCAAGUUGCUGAUGAUAAGGAAUUAAUCAAGACCGUGACAUUGAACAGGGUAUGGUGAUUACGAUUUUUAAAACAUAAUAAAAGAAAUAAAUCACACUUGGUGGCC